AUGUUUAAACUACCAAAGAACUUGUUUAGACCACUUAGACCAGUGUUUAGACCCACCAGGCUCUAUUCAUCUGUUCCGUUGACUGCAGAAACUUAUAAAGAUAAAGUUUCCAUCAACGACAAGUUUAAAAAACUUAAUGACUCAGAUAUCGAAUUUUUCAAAGGGAUCUUGAAAGAUGAAUCAGGUCUUAUUACCGGAGACGAUUGUUUGGGGUAUAAUGAAGAUUGGAUGAGAAAAUAUAGAGGACAAAGUCAAUUGGUUUUGAAACCCAGAACCACAGAACAAGUGUCGAUGAUUUUGAAAUAUUGUAAUGCUAAUAAUUUACCCGUAGUACCUCAAGGAGGUAACACUGGGUUAGUUGGAGGAUCCAAUCCAAUUUUUGAUGAAAUUAUCAUUUCUGUAGCCAAUUUGAAUAAUAUCCGUUCAUUUGAUCCAGUUUCAGGGAUCUUUAAAUGUGAUGCCGGAGUUAUAUUGGAAACUGCUGAUAACUAUUUAGCUGAUAAUGGAUAUAUAUUCCCAUUGGAUUUAGGUGCCAAAGGAUCUUGUCAUGUUGGUGGGGUUGUAGCCACAAAUGCUGGGGGUUUAAGAUUAUUAAGAUACGGUUCAUUACAUGGAACAGUAUUGGGAUUAGAAGCAGUAUUACCUGAUGGAACUAUUUAUAAUUCAAUGAACUCCUUAAGAAAGGAUAACACUGGGUUUGAUUUGAAACAAUUAUUUAUUGGAUCCGAAGGAUCUAUCGGUAUCAUCACUGGAGUUUCAAUUUUAUGUCCUAUAAGAUCACUGUCGGUUAAUGUUGCCCUUUUGGGAGUAUCAAGCUAUGAAAUGGUUCAAAAAGUUUUCAUUGAAAGUAAGAAAGAGUUGGGAGAGAUUUUAUCGGCUUUUGAAUUUAUGGAUUUGAAUUCUCAGAAGUUAGUUGGUCAAUAUUUAAAACUCGAUCAUCCUCUUGAAGAUGAAUAUCCUUUCUACGUUUUAAUUGAAACUAGUGGAUCCAACAAAGACCAUGAUGAUGAAAAAUUAGAAACUUUCUUAGCUAACCAAAUGGAAGCUGAACUUGUUAACGAUGGAAUCAUUGCUCAAGAUGAAAGUCAAUUAAGAAACUUAUGGAGUUGGAGAGAAUCCAUUCCUGAAGCUUCAACUAUGAAUGGUGGGGUUUAUAAAUAUGAUGUUUCCUUACCUUUAGAUGAUUUAUACUCUUUGGUAGAAGCUUCAAGUGAAAGAUUAAGAGGUGAAGGAUUAGUAGAUUUUGAAGAUGGCUCUAAACCUGUAGUUGAAGCCAUUGGUUAUGGUCAUUUAGGUGAUGGGAACUUACACUUAAACGUAUGUGUUCGUGAAUAUUCAAAAUCCGUUGAAAGUGUGUUGGAACCUUUUAUCUACCAAUGGAUCCAAGAACACAAGGGAUCGAUCUCUGCUGAACAUGGAUUGGGAUUCCAAAAGAAGAAUUAUGUCGGAUACACUAAGAAUGAUAUUGAGAUUAAGUUGAUGAAGGAAAUCAAACAUCACUAUGAUCCCCAUGGUAUUAUGAAUCCAUAUAAGUAUAUAACAGCUUGA